AUGCUGUAUUGGUUGGAAAGUUUCAAUUACGAUUCGCUUGCAAAUCUUGAUACGGUUAAAAGACGCGCGGCACGCCGGGAUGCGUCGUAUGAUACAGGCAAUGAGUUGAGUUCAUUUGCAAAGGUCACUCAGAGAAGUAGUUCAUUUCCAGCCCAGGUCCGGGACGAUGACUCGGUCAGUGGGCGGGAGCCAAAAGUUAUCGAUGCUGUUGCUAAGCCCAGGAUUGAACGUAUCGAGUUGGAGAAAUGUCGCAAAAGUAUACUACAAGAUACAAAUGAUUUCAACCACAAUCAUAGUAAACUGCAAACCGUGGAAGACCUCUACUGGGACCCCAUGGGAGAGUUAUCAAACUUUGAAGCCGGGGAGGUUUCGGUGUCGGCAAACUGCUCUGCCAAUAUUCGUACCGAGUCUCAUAAAGAAGUGCUGUCCAUUGAUAUGCAUGUUUUGGAAUUCGAAUCUUCGGGAAAAGCUUUCAAGAUUAUACUCAAGGACACAGAAAUUAUUGGAGUAUCUAAAGCAAACUCCAGUCAAACAAUUGUCAGCGCGUUUAUGCUUCUUACAGGACUUAGCCGAUUGUUGGGCUGUAGUAUCGAUGUUUUUCGAGACCACUUUAAGCGUGCCAGCGAUGAUGUCGCGUUUUUACUUCCGAGUAGAAGCUACAUCCAGGAUCAUGUGGUCAUACCCUAUCAACGUUGCUAUAGACGCAGCUCUGCUAAUUUUAUCUGCGAAGUCCAAAACAAAAGGAGUACAUUUUGUCAUGGUAAUUUGGCUUCUUCGGAGGAACACGUCACAAUAUGGGCGUUACGAAGAAGCAAAAAGUCUUUCACUUCUUUGAUCAUCUGCGAUGGGAAUCCCAAGCAAUCCAGUGAUCACUUUGAUAUUUCCCUGACCAUGCGUUCGAGACUCGAAAACCAAGUUCAAGAACUACAUUCUCAAGAGUUGAGCCGACAUAUAUCCUUGAGGGGGCCCAUGCAUUUACAAGAGCAAACGUGUCUUUGA